CCACUUUAGAUCUUAUUUAUAAGUGAACAUGAGCACAUUCAAGCUGCAGCAACGGGAGAGACACAUAACCUCUGAAAGUACGCUGUUGGCUGCUGUCUGUUUCUGGCUGGAUUCUCCCAUUGCCAUGCCUGUUGUACCACGACAUACCACCUGUCUCCUGUUCAUGCUCCAUGUCCUGUUCUACUCAAGCCGAGCUAUCACAAUCAUGUCAGGCUCCCCUAGCCCUCUAACCACUCACGUGUUGAACACGGCCCUGGGUGUCCCAGGCUCAAACGUGAACCUCAAGCUUUUUCAACAAGAUCCUUCAACCAGUGCCUGGCACUUGAUAACCACAGGGACAACAAAUAAGGAUGGGCGAUGUCCAGGGCUGAUCACACAGCAGCAGUUCAAAUCUGGUGUGUACAAAUUGCAUUUUGAGACCAGUCAGUACUGGGCCAGUAUGGGACAGGCAUCCUUCUAUCCCUAUGUGGAGAUUGUUUUCACUGUGACUGACCCGGACCAGAUGUACCAUGUCCCUUUGCUGCUGAGUCGUUUCUCCUACAGCACCUAUAGAGGGAGCUAGAGAGCCACUAUCGAGACCUAUAUCACUGCUUUAAGAGCGACUAUUCCAGAUGUAUUUGUUUAUCUUGCUUAAACAAAGUCUGUAAAAAUAAAAUUCAAAUGUUUCUCAAACAGAUUAAACGGUAUGAUGAAGUAUUGUAAUCGAGCGAAUGAUGAUCUGAAUAAAGCAUUUGA